GGCAGCGCGAGUAUACUCAUUUUUGCCAACAAGCAAGAUCUGUCUGGUGCCUUGUCAUGCAACGAAAUCUCACAGGUGAAUCGGUCGUCGUACGCUAAUCAUAGCGUCUCACUAUAUUUCUUGCGAAUAGAUAUUAGACUUAGACACGAUAAAACGCCACGAUUGGCGCAUUCAGCCUUGCAGUGCUCUCAAAGCUGAGAACCUUACCGCGGGCUUCGACUGGGCGGUCCGCACGGUCAGCAAGCGAGUCUACUACGCAUCUACAGUCGCAAUCAGCCAACCGCAACGCACAGACCGUCUAGCGAGGCCUGACCACUUCUGAAUCUGUUCACAGCGAAUUUGCCCGCGAUGAAUCUCCUUUGGCUUUGGUCCGAUCGCUUGCAAGCCAUGGACGAUCUCAGUGAUCUGUUCUCGCUCGUGUAUCGCGAGCUGAACAGCGUACCGCCGCCACCGCUACUACCAACACUCUGCAUAUUCUCUCUGUGGCUUCUGCAAGCUUCGCUCCUGUAUGAUUCGGUACAAGCUCAGACACCAAUAAUCAGACGAUGCCGUCGCUGUCUGGCUAUGAUUAGCUCAUCUGCAACGAUUUGGUACUAUCUCGCAAAUCCGGUACGGCCUGCAACUAGAACGACGAGCCUGCUAGCCCUGCCGUUUGGCAUGUUCUUGCUCACAAUGGCCAUCAAGCUGCUCGACUGGGGUUACACAGCUCGUCCUGUACUAUACGUAGGCUUGGACGAUGCGAUCAAAGAGAGUGAUGGGAAGGAGGACGUAAAGGGCGGAUUGCUGGCGCGAGCAAAGUGGACAAUGAAGCUUUUUUGCACGCAGAGAGGCAUCGGAUGGAAUUUCGGUCCGCCCGUAGCCUCGCAAAGGUCGAUGCCACCCAAUGAUUCGAUGUUCGUUGCGCGUGUCGUCCAUGCUAUCGUCAUCAGAGUUAUCGUCGGCCUGCCGUUCACCGUCAUUGCAGCAGUAUCCAUGUUCAGCGAUGCAGGACAGCUCUACGGUCCAAGUUGGAUCUACGUCAUCUAUGAAAACCUCUCAAACGGUACAUACACCGGUCCGCUCGUCCGAAUGCUUGCCGUCAUCUCGCUUGUAGUCCAGCAGGUGUGCUAUAGCGAUGCGGGUAUGCUCUUGCUCUCGCUGCUCGGCUACACGAUCGAUCGAAUCGUGCCUUUUGAUGCUCGACUCUAUCCGCCCAUGUUUCCCAAUUCGCCUUGGCGAGCGACGAGUAUUGCCUCUCUGUGGUCUUAUCACUGGCACGAUCAAUUCAGAACGCCUCUGCGGUUCGUCUACCUCACGGCGACCAAAGCCACGCCCGGCCCAAAGCGCUUUAAGCGGUUCGUCGCUGUUUUCGCCGCAAUGGGCGUCUCUGGACUCUGGCUUCACGAUAUCCCUUUCCAGCUUGCGACGUCGUACAAGCCCUUUGACUGGCGGUUGGGCUUCACGACCUUCUUCCUGUGGCAUGCAGCCGCCAUCGCAGCGGAAGACGUCUACAGAGCAAUCACUGGUCGUAAGGUCGGUGGGAAACUUGGCUGGCUGUGGACCAUGACGAUCUGCUAUAUCACUGGUCAUCAUGCCAGAGCGUACCUGCUAGAUGCAUACAAAGCGUAGCCCC